GUCUGAGCAUCUUUCGGGAGUUUGCGAAGAUUUAAAUGUUGGUCAUUAGAAUUUAGCUCGCUUCCGCAUUGAUGAUUGCACGCAAAAUCAUGAUAAAAUACAAUAGGAAUUAACCCUUCGCUCCAACAUGGAGUGGAAAUAAACAAUUUUCCAUUUGGAAGACAUGGUUAAUAAAAUGCAUCAUCGACAUUUAAGCUGUGAAGUCUGUGAACGUAUAUUCCAGUAUCCUAGUCAGUUACGAGAUCAUAUGCUUAUUCAUACUCGUAUUCGGAGAUUUUCAUGUGAUGUAUGCGGGAUGAAAUUCUUAAAGGAUCAUCAUUUAAAAGCACACAGCAUAACUCAUAGCCUCAUUAAACCAUUCAUGUGUCCAACAUGUGGAAGACAUUUCUCACUGAAAGCAAACAUGGAACGUCAUACAUUAAUUCAUAGUGCAGUACGGCAUUUCAAAUGUGAGCAGUGUGGAAAAACAUUUGCACAGCCACAGACAUUAAAAAUGCACAUGGUAUCUCAUGCUGAAGUCAAACCCUUCUCUUGCAAUAUAUGUGGUAAAGGUCUCUCCCGAGCUCAUAAUCUUCGUGCCCAUAUGGCAAUUCAUCAGAAUAAUAAAGCACAUAAAUGUACAGCAUGUGGUAGUUCAUUUACACUCAGAGGAAAUAUGCAUCGUCAUCAACGAGAAAAACAUGGCGCUAUCAUUCCUUCUCUACAACCAAGAGAAUAUUCUUUAAUACCUCCAACAAUGGUUCCUUCUGCACAAUAUCCACAAAUCAAUAAUGAAACUCAUAGAAAUGCACAAGUAAAUAAACGAAAAAAAAAUCAGUCAAAGGCUUCAUCGAAAUGUAAAAAUUAUUGUGCUGUUCCACAUCAAAUUACAGCAAAUACACAAUCGUCACUUUAUUCAAAUACUUCUGAGUCUAACAUUACAAUGGGUACCUCAAACCAAGCUGUAACUAGCAAAAAUUCUAUUCAAAAUGAAUUAUCUACUCUUUGUGCUAAUAAUUCUGAUCAUAAAUCCUUUUCUGCCUACAUGCAUCCUCUCCAUUGUGCAUCACCUUUAAAUGCCACACUUCCUCAAAUGUUUGGAACAAUACCUGUGUCGAGUCUUGUCAAUGGAUCUCACGGAUGUUAUAAUGAACAUAGUAUGUUUCCCUCCACAAUGACAAAUGUUGGGAUCAAACUGCAAGCUCUACAUGCUGCCAUUGAUGAUUUGGCAGGUAAACUAGGACCUUCUCAUGAGAAAGUUUCUGCAUUGCAUAUCGCUCUAGAUGAUAUGGUAAAUUGUCAGAAUAAAUUGAAACAAGAUCAUAUUCUUAAAGUGAAAGAAACUGAAAAUUAAAAGUAGAAGUUAUUGGUCAGUGUAAUUUAUAAGACAAAAUGUACUUAAAUAUAUUUUGUGAACAACUGCAAUUUUAAACAGUAUUAUUUUAUUUUGUAAAUAUUUUAGCUGAUUGACGAGUGUACUUUGUACAUUGUUUUUUUAUUAUUAUUAUUAUUAUUAUUAUUAUUACUACUUAUGCCAUAUACAAUUUUAAAUUGUUUUAAGUAAAAUUUUAAGGAUAUUAUAAAAAUAUCUGCAAGUAGAUGUGUUAAUUGGUUUGUAUCAAGUAUACAAAUCAUAAACUCAAAGAUUGGAUUUCAUUUUUCAUUAUCCUUAAAUAAUACUGUAAUGAAUUUGACCAAUCUCCUUUACAAAGGAUUACCGUACCAGCCAGAAUACAGAUCAAUCUUACAAUCUUAGAGUCUAAAUUUGCAUGCAUUAAGAUGCAGCUGUAUUUAUAACUUUUAUCUAAGUUGCUGUUGAUUUCCAAGAAGAAAAUUGCUUAUGUUGUUGUUUUUAAAACUACUGUAUAUUGAAGGUUUUAAAUGUAACUGUAGGGCUGAAAAUUUUUCCAUUGGAAGUUAAUAAAGUAUUUUGAAAUUAAAUAUUUUUAUAUGUGAUUUUAUCAAAUUAGAAAUAUGCUAAGUUUAUUUAGUAAGAAUGAUAGUUCAUAAGCAUUAAUUACUAAUCAAAGCUAGUUAUCAGUAAUGUUUCUACUUAAAACAAUCAAUUAGCAACUAGAAAAGUGUUCAAACUGUAUAUUUUAACUAACUAUAUAGCAUGCAUACUUAUUUUGUUAACUCUUCAAAAGUCAAUGUUUUGAUGAAUCCCAAAAUUUGUUUCAAAUAUUUUAAUAAAUCACAGGAGCACCUAUCAGAAAGAAUGUAUCCUGCUGCUUGUUUGAUUAUGAAGAUAACAAGUGGUUGAAUAUUGAAUACUUUAUCAGGAACCCAGCAAAAAAGCAAUGGAAGUGAAACCAGGUAAUGUCCUAUUUCUGUUUUAAUACAAUUCAAACCAUAAAGUAUAAAAUUCUUGCUACCAUGUUGACCUGGAACUUUUUACCAAUUGUUAAGAUUUAACGUUGAUUAAAUGUCCAACAUUAAGAAAUACUGUACUUAGGAAAUGAAAAUCUUACAAAAGAAAAAUCAUUGCAAAAUUGCCACCUUCUGACAUAAGUAUGAAAACCAGAAAAUAUGUUCUGAGAUUGAAGAACAAAAAUAUAGUGCUUCAAAGUGUGUUAACAAUUCAUGAAACCCAUUUUAAACUGAAUCAGAAUGGAUGAUUUGCUGUAACAUGAUGAUAAAUGAAGUGUGCAAUGCCAUAACAUUGUAAAUGCCAUUUUUCUCUAAGUACAUUGAAGAAAUGAAUUCUAAACACAAUGUUUUCUGCUUCAAAAAGAUAUUUUAGCAAUUGUGGCACUGUAAGUGGCUGUAUUUUGAAGUUGAAUUUAUGUGCAAGCCAUAAUGCUUUAACCACCAAAAGCUUACUUUGGCUCUUAAAACAAUACGGCUUAUGUUUACAUCAUUUUGUUAUUCCAGAAAAUUUGUAACCUAGUGAGUUAUUUUACCUUUUUAUUAAAGAAUUAAUUUCAAUUUUACAAGUUUUUUAUAAAUAAAGGAAAAUAUAAACAAUAACUAUAUUACAAUUGAUAAAGAUUGAAGUCCAACUCCAAGUAUCAAAACUGUGAGCCUAACAGUGGUGAAGCCAGGAAACAGUCACCAGUAGAUUAUUGUCAGUUUUUAAUAUUAAAACUGAGUUUUAAUUUUUUGUAAAUUGUGUUUAAUAAUUUAAAUGUAUGUUUUCGGUAUUCAAAACUGUUUUUCAGCUGUAGAAACAUACAUUUUAUGACUUCAAUUUUUUUUUACAUUUAACAUCCUUAUGCACUUGCAUAAUUUUGGCAUUUUCAACAUUAUGGCUCUAAUCAAUGCCACCUAUAACACAAGGCCUAUCCACAGAGAUGGAUGACUCGUACUAAAUAGGCCAUCCUCUUCUCUUUCCAUUCUCACACAUGCAGAAUUGGACUAUUUUUAUGCCAAACUGAAAAAAGGUAGCCAAAUCUUGCAAUGCUGAAAGGAAUAUUAAAUAAAACUAGAGUUGGGAUUCAAAGAAUUAUAGACCCAAAUUCGGGGAAUGGAGAGAAAGGUCAAAAUAUAAAGAAGUGAGAAAGGUUAAAUAGACCUUCUGUUAUGCAAAUAUUGAUCCUUAAUUUUCCAACCUUUCUCACUUCUUUUUAUCUUUUGGCCUUUCUCUUGUUUCCCCGAAUUUGGGGCUAUAAUUCUUCGAAUCACAACUCCAGUUUUAUUUAGUAUUCCU